UAGCGGGCUCGGCCAAUGGCGCGCAGCGGGGGGCGGGCGCGGCGCGGUGCGAGAGGCGCGGCCGGGCGGCGCGGCGGGCAGUCGGCGCGGUGGCGCAGGAUGAUGCGGCUGUGGCGCUCGGCGCUGCUGCGGGAGCUGCUGCUGCUCGGCCCGCCGGGGGCGGCCGGCGGCGGGGCCCCGGCCCCGGCACCCGCCGCCGGGACCAGGCGCCUCCAGCCGCCGCUCGCCGCUCUCGGCGCUAGCCCGCCCGCCGCUCGCCGCGGCCCGGCGGCGCUGCCGUCAGCGCGAGGUCUGUGCACCCGCUCGGAGGGAGCCUUGGAGGAGCCGGGGAAGGGGGCGCAGGCGCCGUCGCCGACUCCCGGCGAGCCCCCCGCCGACAGCGGCCACAACAAUAACCACGGCGGCGGCGGCAAGGAGGUGGCCGUAGGCGGCGGCGGGGAGAAUAAAAUGAAACAAGGUCUCCUUCCCAGCUUAGAAGAUCUGCUUUUCUAUACUAUUGCAGAAGGACAAGAAAAAAUACCAGUUCAUAAAUUCAUAACUGCACUCAAAUCUACAGGAUUACGUACAUCUGAUCCUCGAUUGAAAGAGUGCAUGGAUAUGCUAAGACUGACUCUUCAGACUACUUCAGAUGGUGUUAUGCUGGACAAAGACCUUUUUAAAAAGUGUGUACAGAGUAAUAUUGUGUUGCUUACCCAAGCUUUCAGAAGGAAGUUUGUCAUUCCAGAUUUCAUGUCGUUUACUUCCCAUAUUGAUGAGCUAUAUGAAAGUGCUAAAAAACAAUCUGGAGGAAAGGUUGCUGACUAUAUUCCACAACUGGCCAAGUUCAGCCCCGAUUUGUGGGGGGUGUCACUUUGCACCGUGGAUGGACAGAGGCAUUCUGUGGGUGAUACCAAAGUUCCAUUUUGUCUCCAGUCCUGCGUAAAGCCUUUGAAAUAUGCGAUUGCUGUCAAUGACCUUGGCACGGAGUAUGUGCACAGAUAUGUUGGGAAAGAGCCUAGUGGAUUAAGAUUCAACAAAUUGUUCCUGAAUGAAGAUGACAGGCCUCAUAACCCUAUGGUGAAUGCUGGAGCAAUUGUGAUCACAUCUUUAAUCAAGCAAGGAGCAAAUAAUGCAGAAAAAUUUGACUACGUGAUGCAGUUCAUGAAUAAAAUGGCUGGUAAUGAGUAUGUUGGAUUCAGUAAUGCCACGUUCCAGUCUGAAAGAGAGAGUGGAGAUAGAAACUUUGCAAUUGGCUAUUACUUGAAAGAAAAAAAGUGCUUUCCUGAAGGCACGGAUAUGGUUGCUAUACUAGACUUCUAUUUUCAGCUUUGCUCAAUAGAAGUAACAUGUGAGUCAGCAAGUGUGAUGGCAGCAACUCUGGCUAAUGGUGGCUUUUGCCCAAUCACUGGUGAGAGAGUCCUGAGCCCCGAGGCAGUCCGGAAUACCUUGAGUUUGAUGCAUUCCUGUGGCAUGUAUGACUUUUCAGGGCAGUUUGCCUUCCAUGUUGGUCUUCCUGCAAAGUCUGGAGUUGCUGGUGGGAUUCUUCUGGUUGUUCCUAAUGUCAUGGGCUUGAUGUGCUGGUCACCUCCUUUGGACAAGAUGGGCAACAGUGUUAAAGGAAUUCACUUUUGUCAUGAUCUGGUUUCUUUGUGCAAUUUCCAUAACUACGAUAAUUUGAGACACUUUGCAAAAAAGCUUGAUCCUCGCAGAGAAGGAGGCGAUCAGCGGCAUUCCUUUGGACCAAUGGACUAUGAGAAUCUCCAGCAAGAACUUGCUUUAAAAGAAACAGUAUGGAAAAAAGUGUCACCUGAAUCAAACGAGGACAUCUCCAGAACCGUAGUGUAUAGAAUGGAAGGUCGGGGAGAGCAGAACUAAGCAAAUGGGUUCUAGUUCCAUUAAAUUCUUCAUUUUAAAAACCCUCAAGCAUCUCUAGAUUUAACUUUGAUUUGAAUAUUGUUUACCUGGUGUUUCAUUUAUAUAUACAUUUUGUGUAAAUUUUGUAUGCUAUACCAAAAAGAUUGUCAAAGUUCAAGGGUGUGUGGGAAAAAAGCAUGUGCAAACAAACCCAAAGCUGUAAACUGACUUUCGUAGUUACUUAGAACACAUUUAGUUAAAAAAAAGUAAAGGUAAACUUUAGUGUUUUCAAAGAUACACCACAAAAGUGGUAUGUAUCUGUUUAUUUUUGUUUAUAUCUGAAAAUUUUAAUGUGAACUUUGAGGCUGAGCUAGAGCUUGUGUCCACUGAACAGGGUCAGCAUGUAAAGAUAGAAUAUUAAUUAAAUAUAAAAUAGUAUUUGGCAAAAUACAGCAAAUUCCUGAAUUUCUAAAUAAUUGUAUAUUAAGUGGAGAUAGGUUCUGAGUCAUAUUAUUACCAUAUCAGGGUUACUUUAAUAUGAGCUUUCAAAUUUGAAGAGAAAUGGACCUUUUGUAUAUGCCAUGCUAGUGAAGAUUAUCUUUUUCUUUUAAUCGAACCAUUAAUAAUUAUUAAUGCUAAUGUUGUAAUAAAGAGAGCAAAAAUGCCUGGGCAGGAGUGGGAGAAGUGGGGAGGAGGAGGAAAAAAACCUGUCUUGUUUGCAAGUUAACCAAUGCAGGAGAGAGAUUUCUGCCCCAACUAUUUGGAGUGUCUCUCUUGCUGCUUGUGCUGCCAGCUGGUAGUUAUGACUCAGAAGUCUGCCUCAUUACUAACAGGGCUGUGCUCCACCCUGGAAAGGAAUGUAAGCAGUCUGGGCUUUAGACUGGUAACCAACUGAGCAGUGAGCAGGAAAUAUGUUCACAGGGAAGCAGAUAGGUAGAUCUCACUAGAACUGUUUAGAGCUGUUUUUCAACCAUUAAUGUGCGCAUAUGUUCAUAUAUGAGGUUUCACUUACACAGGAGCAAAUUCUUAAGUUAUAAUUAAUUGCUAUUUUUUUUGGAAAUGAUUUUGGGUUUGCAGCUCUGUCAGCUUACUGGGAAAGAGGACUUGCAUUUUUCUACAGGCAGCUGCAUCUCUUAAGCUGCAUAAUUUGAUAAUUUGAGUAAAUCUUGAGUAGGGUGUAGCUCCAAAUUAUUUACUUAAGCUUCAGAUAGGCUCAAUAGGCAGUUCUGAACAGAGGUCAAAGACUUGCUAAAUUCUCAACACUAGCAGGAAUUAGAUUCUUAAUAUUGCUGAAAAUCUUAGAAAAGUGUUCUCUAUAAAGUUUUCUUCUCUAUAAAUUUGCAAAUAAUCUGGUACAUCCCAUCCCUAGUACACAUCACACAGAAUCCUGGUUUAUCAAACUGCCGAAACUUGUCCAAACAAUGAUAAAUGGUAUUAGCUGGUAGAGGAUUUCAGGAGACAGUGACAAACAAUUCUGUAGUAACACCUUCACCUCUUCUCACCGUUCCCUUCCCCAGUCCCUCUCCCUUUUUUUAUCUAAAACUCCAAACUGUUGAUAUGUGAGCUUUGCCUAAGGGCAGAGUUAGUUUUUCUUGCCCCUUUUUUGACCCAUCUGGAUGUUCAUGAGUUUAGGAAGAUGCAUGAAACAGAGCUGAUGUUCUCUGAGAAAGCAAGCUGCUCUUAAUUAAUCUGUUUGAGUAUUGUUAAUUUUUUGCAUAAACAUUUGAAAAAGCUCUGACUAAACCCUGAAUAAUCUUCAUUUAGCAGAGUAUUGUAAAAGGAUGGGCUUCUCGUCUUUGAAGCUUAGGAUGGAAAUAUUUAAGCAAAACAGUACAGAACAUCAAUUUUCAGUGAAUUUGAUGCCCUACUGGGAUGAAGAGGUAAAUCUGUGGUGCAAAUGUCAGUACUAAGUGUCAGUCAUGAAUUGCUGAAUAAUAACUAUUUUAUAAUCUUAUCUCUGAUGAUAAGGUUAGGUUUGUUAGUGCUUAUUCUCAAAAUUAAGGCAAAGUCUUCAACUAUAAAAAUGUCUUGCCUGUUUGAGGAUUUUGCAGUGAACUAGUAGCUACAGAGACAUAACAAGUAUUCAGAUCCUGCAGAACUACUUUACCUGAAAUACCCUCAGUUGCAAGAGGGAACAUAAUGUGUCUGUGCUGCUAAUGGAAAGUAUUUACAGUGGUGACAUGUUGCUGGAUGACUUGCUGAUUUAAUUAAAAAUGGAAAAGGCAUGAAGCAGGAUUUGCUUGGUCUGAUUCUACCCACCUUGAUUUUUAGUACUGUUUGAAGCCACUUCUAAAGAUGUGGUUGAAGAUGGACGAUUUUUCCACAUGCAAAACUUGUGGUAGAGUCAAGUCCUGCAUGGGAAAUACAAAAAUAAGAAAACUACUAGGUCUUUAAUAUGCAUAAUAAGAAUAUUUAGGGUACAGCUUAAACAAUCUUUAAAUAUAUAUAUAUAUUACAGUUCUGUAAUAUAUGCUUUUGAAGCCUGCCUCAGAAUUGAAGGCAGCUUCCAGCUAGGAAGGGUCAGGAGGAGACUUCUCUGGACCAACUGUUCUGUCACUUGCCCACACUUCUAGUUUCUUGCCCUGGCUGCCACGUGUGCAGAUGGCUCCUGUUCCUGGCAGGGCACCUGGGGGGCCAAGGUCACCCACCACGGGCAGGUGGGAGAGGCCAGGGCCACUGAGGUUUAGUCAUUCCAUGUGUGAAGUCUGCAACGGUUUUAGUGUUCACCUGUGCUACAGUAAUAGCAAUUCUUGAUAUUCAAGCAUUUUAGCUGUUUGUUUGUUUUUCUUUGUCAGCAUCAUUAACAUUUCAUUAGAAAUGUAAAUGCUUUUUAAAGAUUUAUUUUAGCAUUUGUGUUGUACCUUUUGGCUCAGUUGUUAAGUUACCUGUCUCGUUUUCCAUUUUUCAUUUGCAUUGUAUGUUAUUUAUGUAUCUUGAUUUCCAGCAUGCUUAUUUUUGUAUUGUUUAAUAAAUUUAUUUUAAGCUG